CGUAUGUAUGUAGAAUUGUUCAAAUAGAAAAAGCUAUUCUCUUGGUAUAAUCUUAGUAUUGUUGUCUAACAUAUUCUUGUCAGGCUUAAGUUAAAUUUGUGUAUACGCAGUUAGUCAUAAGAGUAGCCUGGACUGAAUCAAGUUACAACUGUCAGCCAAACGCUGAUAAAGGGUUUUUUUUUUUUUUUUUGGUUGAUUUUGAGCUGAAGCCUGGCCCAUUGUUCUCCUAAGGUGCAGAGGUUUUUUGUGUUUCAGGUGCAAACGUUGCUUCAUAGUUUGAGUUUGCGAGUUUUGGUUCUAAAGCCAAUUUGAUUUUCUUCUUAACUACAGUUCUCAUCGGAAUAACUCAAGUUUUUCAUGAUAUUUUCGGUUUACAAAUUUCAAUUAGUUGUUGGGGUGGUGAGGGUGGAGUCCACUUUCUGGUGUAAAUGUUAAUCAGUCCUCUUUUGGGAGAGAUCUUAGUUUCUUGUUUCGAGAAAAAGGUAAUAUGGUCAGGAAUGGAAACCAGGGAAGCUUCACGGAUGAUUCUUUUGUAAAACCGGAAAGUAGUCAGAGGAAUUUUAAUCAGGGUCAGACAGUUCCGAGGAUUGAAGGGGAAAAGAGUUUUCUGGAGAUGGAUGACCUGUAUAGGAACUCCAGCGAGGAGAUGUUUCUAAAAUAUUUCAUGGAGACUUCAAAUGGGAUGCCAGCGCCAAGCAUGGAGAUGUUGGGUUUUAAGAACCUUUCACACAACUUUCGACAUGCAGAUAGUGAGGAGCUCUUCAGAAGUUGGCUCACAAAUGGAGAGAACAAUUCCAACAACUCACCAAGCAUAGUACAGCGCACUCGACAAGUAUCAAGGAGGUUAUCCACUGAACUUGCCAGUUUGUCUAGUCAGCAACAUGCGGGUAUGCUACAAAAGAAGAGAAGCAAUGAUAAUUUACAUCCUCAAAAUAAUUCUGUGGCUGAUAAUAUCUUUGGAGACCUCCAUCAACAAUCAAUCAGUUUUGUCAGGAAUUCUGUUGAAAAAGGAUUGCAGACUACAGAUUUAUAUUUGGCCAAGGCUUGGUUUCAUAGUUCUCAACCCAUGACAAGAAGCCGAUCCUCUGAGUUGCGAAGAAGGUACACUGCUAUGCAGAGCGCUCAAACAACACUAGAUAUGGAGGUUAUGCAAAAUGCUUCUGGGAAUGGCGUCAAUACAAUGAAACAAGAAUUUGUGAAUUCGAAUUGCUUCAAUGAACUUUCUAUGUCUAAGAUUCCAAACCAAUGGGACACAUUCAUGUCUCCUUCAAAUUCAUCCUCAUCUACUCUCUAUACUCCACAAAUGACUGAUAUAGAUAAAGUUUCUUCUGUUGUGAGCAUGCUGAAGGGUACAUUAGAACGCAAGAAGCUUAGCAACCAGAUUGAAAAAGAAGCUGUUGUGGAUGGCUCUAAUGGGAUUUAUCAUGGUCAUGAAUUUGUAGUCAACUGUAGCUUUGAUCAAGGGCAAAAUAAUCAUUUACAUGAAAUGCCAAUAACUUUUCAAGAAGCAUCCCAUGUCCAAGUUAAUGAUCAUGGGAUUUCACAGACAGUUGAAGAAUCCAUAGAUCUUGACUUGGAAGGUUUUGUAAAUGCCACAAAACCAGUCCAGCUGAGUAGAGCUUCUCAAGAACCUUCCCAAAGUGAAUCUUCUGCUGCUGCACCAGUAGUUUCAUCAGGGUUUGAUGCAUGUGAUGGUCCCAGCAAUUCAAGUCAAACUCUAAGCAUUUGUGAGAGCUCAAGGAAACAAGUUGGAAAUAGGAGUCCAGAAAAUGGCACUAGGGCCAAAGAAAUCAGAGAGCGGAUAAUUGACACUUUGAAAGAAGAUCGAAAGAGGGGAAGUCUAGUCCGAUAUGGAUCUGUGACAUCAGCGGUUUCAGUGGACAAGGGGGAUUCCACAAAAAAGCGUAGGGUGGAGCGGUCACGAAAAAUGGCAGAGGCAAAGGAAAGGAAUUUGACACCAGCAAUUCCAUCAGAUAUGCAAUCCGUCUUGAAGCGUUGUGAAAACCUUGAGAAGGAAGUGCGGUCACUCAAACUUAACUUGUCCUUCAUGAAUAGGUCAGGCCAUAUUUCACCAAUCAAUUGGAAGCCCACAACUGGAAGGAUUCAGAGCAAACCAAACAGAUAGAAGAGCUCCAGAAGCAGAAUGAGGAGUUGGCGGAUGAAAAAGAGCGGAUGCUAGAAGAGAUAGAGAGGAUCGUUUCAGAAAGUGGCAAGAUGUUUUAAUUCUAUUUUGCUACCAUCGAUUUCUUGUCAGCUUUAGACUGUUAUCUAAUCUAUCUGUGUAUGAAUAUGUUGCAAAUGUUGUGUACAUUUAAUUCUGGAUGUUUUACCCCAAGGAAAACUCUAACCACAAAUGUGAUCCUGAUUUUGUAACUGGGGACAUACAUGGACUGGGGAAGACCAAUCUUCAUUGGCUUUAACAGAGUAUAACACAGCCAAACUCUUAACUGUUAUGUUGUAAGUGAUUGUAAUCUCAUUGUAUUAUAUUCGAGUAAA